UCGUAAUUCGAUUAUUUGUAAAUCAAAUCACAUCUCGAGCUUUCUGAUAAAUGUGUGCAGUAAGAAUAUUUGUUUAUUUUUAAGCAUUAAGCCUCCGAUACCAAUAUCCAAAUCAUUACAAUUGUCGUAUUUGACAAGAUGAAUUGCUGAGAUGUCUAAAGCAACAAAAAGAAAACAUGUUACAAAGGAAGUCUUAGAUGAGUUUAUUCUACCAACUGAGGGUCAACAAAUUGUCAGGGUGACUGCAGGCAGGGGGAAUAAUUUACAUGAAGUAGAAACCGCCCAGAAUGAGCGGUUCUUGGUUAGCAUGCCCACGCGGUUCAGAAAAAAUAUCUGGAUCAAAAGAGGUGAUUACAUACUUAUUGAACCCAUUGAGGAGGGUGGAAAGGUGAAGGCAGAAAUUGUGACUAUUCUGUACAAAGAGCAAAUCAAAUAUAUCCAGUGUGAGGGGAAAUGGCCAGCCGAAUUUGCAGUAAAGGAAAGCAAUGCAGAUGAAGGAAUCCCAGCAGACAUGUUGCCCCCUAGUGAUGAGGAAGAUGAGGAAGGGGAGAUGACUGUUCUGAACACUAAUAGGAGAAACAUUAGUUCAUUUGAGGAGAGUGGAAAAGAAAGUUCAGAGGAUGAGGAGAACGAUGAUGGAAGUGAUGAUGAUGAGAGCGACAGAUUUAAGGAUUGCCAAUCAAUAUUUAUUGUUUGAAUAUGAAUACAAAUCACAGACUAUUCCAAUUGGAUGUUAAAGUAUACUUAAAAUUGAACAAAAAACAAUGAACACAAGAGUACAUAAAAUAUUUUCAGUACAUAGAAUUAUGGUUUUCUUCAAGGCUACAAUAUAAGACAAACAGCGAAGAUGGGAAUUAUGGUGCACCUUCAUUGGGCCACUUCAACAUUUUCAAAAUUCCUUUCUUGCCCCAAGAUUUAUUUCCAGGACCAUAGCCUCCAUAUAAUUCCAACGAACAUUCCUUGCGAGAAGCCUUCCAGCCAAUCUGUUGCAUGGCAGUCAUUGGAAAGCCUGCUCUUGGACGAGAGGGAUGAAUUGGUGGGAGCUUUAAGACCGUACUUCCAGAAUCGCCCCCUUUGUUUGGUGUAGGCCUCUUGUGCUCUUUAUGACACAUUAAUAGCUGUCUAUUCAUCUGAAACAUUUAUGACGUGUGUAUCUUUUGUGAUUAAAUAAAGAAUGACAUAUAUUGUAAGAAA